GAAGAAUGCAAAUAUGAGAAGACAUAUGCUAUAUUCUGAAUGACCUCAGAACAAAAAUAGUUGAGACUUUGGUACUUAAAGUGUCCUGUUACAAGAACCAAUGUAGUCCAGAUACUACAUUGUCCUGCUCUUUGCAGCUCUGUCCUAUGAGCCUAGAUAGGUCGAUGAUGCUAACUUCAGGCUUUGGCUAUGAUAAUCAAAACGACAUACAACAAAACUUCUGAAAUGUAGCAGAGGUUGGGUCAGCUAUAGGGACUACAAGUCUACAAUUAAGACGGACCAAUUCUCUAGCUCCAUUUAGCGCGUCGCCAGUUCACGGAGAAUUUACGGAGGGGCGAGAUGGAGGGCGACCUUCAUCGUUUAUGCCUCCAUCGCUCUCAAGGGCGCGGCAAAUAAACGCGCAGCCCACGAGCAGCUCAUCUCUCACCCUGAUUUAAUGGGACGGAAGGGGGGGGCGGGAAAGAGAAAUGCGGGCUUUGUAGGGUAGGCUAGCCCCCCGGGCAACGAGCUAAGGCGAUUAAGAGCACGGGAGCUGCGAUGCACCUGUUGCAACUGCCCGCGCGGCUGCCUUCUCCCCAGAAACAGCGGCUGCAAGCUGCCAAAAGGCCCGAGUCCGGCGCACCCUGGUGUUUCCUUGGCGCCCUGCCUCCCUUCUGGGACAGCCGCCUUCUCAGCCCUCCCAGGCGGACCAGAGCCUGCCCAGCGUUGCUCAUGCGCCCGGGCCGACAUUUAAAAGCAAAGCGCGCGUAGUACAGGUUACAGGCGAAUAGCCGCGCGGCUUCCACCCAGCUACCACCUGCGACCGCCUCUCUUCUCUCCUCUUCGCCGCGCCUUCGCACCCUCUCUCCCUGGUGCUUGUUUGAACGGGACCAUAUUUCCCCUCACGGUUCUGCAGCAGGGUGGGCCUCUUCCCAAUUCUCUUCUGGGGAGUGUGAGCCCUGCCGACCGGGAGCCAGAAGAAAUCCUAGCCCUCAGCUCAAAGGUACUUCCAUGGCGCCCGUCCUUCUCUUCUUAGGCGUUUUCUUGGCGGCCCGGGUGGCGAAGGGAGCUGAACGUUCCGCCCCCACUGUUAUUACAUGUUUUACAAGAGGAUAUGAUCUUAGAAAUGAUCCAGCAGUUGUCAUCUGUCCAGCAAAUUGUCAUAUAUGGCAGUUCUAUGUCUAUGGAAACGUUGAGUAUGCCUCUGACUCUAGUAUCUGUGGAGCUGCUAUUCACAGAGGUGUGAUCACCAGAUCAGGUGGGUCUGUAAGAGUGAAGAUGUUACCAGGGCGUGGGAACUAUUCUGCAAUAUAUGCCAACGGAAUCCAGUCCCAACUCUUCUCUAAAUCAAGAUCAUCAUUUUCAGUAGCUAGUGUUAAAAGUGAAGCCCUUGAAGCAGCUGGGCAUCCUAUUUCAACAGCACGGCCAUUUGCAGGAAAACGACCUAAAAAACCUGUUCUGAAAAAGUCUGGAAACAAAGAUUGUCAAGCUGACAUUGCUUUCCUGAUUGAUGGAAGCUACAAUAUUGGGCAGCGUAGAUUUAAUUUGCAGAAAAACUUUAUUGGGAAAGUGGCAAUGACGCUGGGAAUCGGAACUGAAGGCCCACAUGUGGGAGUAAUACAAGCCAGUGAUUAUCCAAAAACUGAAUUUUAUCUGAACAACUUCACCGCUUCAAAAGAUGUUUUAUUUGCAAUAAAAGAAAUAGCUUUCCAAGGAGGCAAUUCCAAUACAGGAAGAGCUUUGAAACAUACAGCACAAAGAUUUUUUUCUAUUGAAAAAGGAGUACGCAAAGGCAUUCCUAAAAUCAUUGUAGUUUUCUUAGAUGGCUGGCCAUCAGAUAAUUUGGAAGAAGCUGGUAUAUUGGCUAGAGAAUUUGGUGUUAAUGUAUUCAUUGUGUCAGUUGCAAAGCCUACAUCUGAAGAACUGGGGAUGAUUGAAGAACUAAAUUUUGUUGAAAAGGCAGUCUGUCAAAAUAAUGGAUUCUUUUCUUACAACAUACCCACUUGGUUUGGUACCACAAAACAUGUGAAACAACUUGUUCAAAAACUCUGUGCGCAUGAACAAAUGUUAUGCAGUAAGACUUGCUAUAAUUCCGUCAACAUAGCUUUCCUCAUAGAUGGUUCUAGCAGUAUUGGCGACAACAAUUUCCACCUCAUGCUUGGAUUUAUUAGUAAUGUUGUCAAAUCAUUUGAUAUCACAGAUAUCGGUGCCAAAAUUGCAGUUGUUCAGUUCACUUAUAAUCAGCGCACAGAGUUCAGCUUUACAGACUACAAAACAAAGGAAAAGGUUCUUUCAGGUGUUCAAGCAAUCCGUUAUAUGAGUGGUGGUACUGCUACAGGAGAAGCUAUUACUUAUGUAACCAAAAAUGUCUUUGCACCUGUGAGAGAUGGAGCCAACAAAAAUUUUCUGGUAAUUUUGACUGAUGGCCAGUCUUACGAUGACAUCCGAGGGCCUGCAACUGCUGCUCAUAAAGCAGGUAUCAACAUAUUCUCUGUUGGCAUUGCUUGGGCUCCACUGGAGGAUUUAAAAGAUAUGGCAUCUGAACCAAAGGAAACACAUACUUUCUUCACAAAAGAAUUUACUGGACUGGAGCAGGUUGUUCCUAAUAUCGUAAGAGCCAUUUGCAGAGAUUUUUUGGGCUUCAAACAGUGAAGACUGAAAAGACUGAAGGGGUUGAUUCUAAGUACAUCUGCAAAGCUAAAAUCUCUAGAGUAUAAGAUGUUCUGUUAUUCUAGCACACAAAGUUACUUGGUGGUGAACUGGCUUACAAAGGGCUUACUAUUGCACUGCCUUUAGGCAAAGCUUCAAUUAAAAUCAGUGUAUUUUUUUUUCCUGAGUAGAGAACCUGGCCAAAAGUACUAUUUGAUACUAUUUGUAAUAUUCUUGUUCACUUUUCAAAGGUGGCCAAACUUAUCUAAUAUUCAUUUUAUGUACAAAAAAAUGCAGCUGCUCCUGGCACUCUUAUAUACUUUCUAAACCUCUUCCAAAUUAAGGUAGAAAUAUUCAGUGCACUCUGUUAAUUUAUUUCUCCUUUUUGCUCUGCAAUGAUGUCCACUACAUAAAAAUAAUAUUUUGGUGAGUAUGCAGAAUAAACAUCAUAAUAUCUGUGCUAUAGCCAGUAUAGCAUAUACCCAGACAAAUAUCAGUAUAAGUUUGACUAAAAAUGAACUCCGUUGCAGUAUAGUAUUACAUGGUUUCAAAGACUGCUUUUAAGUUUUAAUUUUUUUUGUAUCAAAGAUUCCAGUGCUUUAUAUAAAUUUUGAUUUAAAAGACACCUUGAUUAUAACUACCUUGGAAAUGUUUUUAUGAUGAAUUAUUUGCACAUUUUUCAAACCAUUUAAACACUGUUUUACUUAUAAAAUCUGUUUGAGCUUGCAGUUGACUUAUCUCAGUUUAAUUUAAUGGUCUGAAUUCAAAUCCAAGUAUUUUAAACUAUGUGACAUAACUAUUCUGCUAAAACCAGUAACCUAUAUUUACAAAAUUGUAUGAUUAGUAUGACUUGCAAAGGAAAAAAUUAAAAACAGUUAAGUACAAAAGGAUAAUAUUUAUCUGUCUAAUAGUAUUUAAAAAUUUUAAUUGUCAGUAUCUUAUAUAGUGGUACCUCAGUAUUCAUUGUUAAUUGGUUUCAGGAGGUGCCACAAGUAUAAAAAACGAGUACCAAACAAUUUUUUUCCCAUAAGGAAAAAUAUAAAUAAAUUUAAUGAGUUCCCAAACCAAGGACAUGCACAUUUUAAGGCAAUAUGUAUAAACACAGGGUUGUAUAACCUGAAAGUUAAUAUUUAAAUUAAAUAAAAUAAAAACUUCACUUUACCUGUCCUGAUGAGGAAAAAAACCUCAAAAAUACACAAAAUGACCACAGAAGCUAAGAUAAGACUUCAAGGGCAUGUGCAAAGGGCAAGGGUUACCAUAUGACUGAUGUUUGACUUUUUGAUGGGCUGGAAAGGGUAGCAAGUCAUGAGGCAAUCGACAUUGAUAACCUCUAGCUUGCAUGAGUACCAAACAAAUGUGUACUGGGACAAAAUUUUCUUGUUAAAAUACUGUGUCAAGUGCCAAAUGAGUUUCAAAGCAGUUGUGUUCUGAAGUACCACUGUACUUAAAAAUUCCUAUUUUUUUUUGUAUUACCCUAAUUGAUCUUUUGUUUACUAAAAUUGUACUCAUAGAGCUUUUAAAAAUGGCAUGUAAAAUACACAUUAUUUAUAUGUUUUAGCUAUUUCUUUUAAAUGUAUAAAGCAACUAUAAGGAAUGCAAUUAUUGAUGUAAGGGCUGAAU